AUGGAGCAGAUCGUGGUCUAUGAGUUCAUGGCCAAUGGCGACCUCGACCGCUGGAUCAGACCCGGCGCACCCCACCCGCUCACAAUGCAGCAGCGGUUAGCCAUCCUGACGAGCAUGGCGCGCGGGCUGGAGUAUCUGCACGGCUUCAGCAUCGUGCAUUGCGACAUCAAGCCCGCAAACGUCCUGUUGGACGCGCGCAUGCACGCCAAGCUCGCUGACUUUGGGCUGGCAGCAUCGCUGGUGGUAGUAGGGGACGUGGCGGCCCUCAAGGACCCGCACCUGCAAGCACCGGACAACCUGGUGCUGCGCAUGGCACGCCUGGCGCUCUCCUGCACCGCCAUGCCCACGGCGUCUCGCUCGGGCAUGAGCCGUGUGCUGGCAGAGCUGCUGCUGCUCAAGGAGGAGUUCUUUGGGGAGGACGAGGACCGCAUGGCUGCCCGCAUCGACCUCGAGAUCGAGAGCUCUGAGCAGGUUGAUUUCAGCUUGGAGCUGGCUCGUCUUCAGGGGAUUCAACAUGGCAGUUAG